AUGUCAAAAAUAAUUGUGUUGGGUGCAGGUGUCGUGGGACUCACCACAGCACUUGAGCUCAAACGUGAUAAUCCCAGCCAUGAUAUUGUCGUGGUAGGGGCUCAUCUCCCCGGUGACUUAAAUCCCGACUAUACACUGCCAUUUGCAGGGGCAAACUGGCAUUCGUUUGCUGGCCCCAAUGACACUCGUUUGCAGAAACUAGACAAGAUUGGAUAUCGCAAGUUUCUCGAUCUCGCUGCCAACGAACCUCGCUCGGGAGUUUGGACGAUUAAAAACCUGUUAUUGAUCACCGAGCAUUUUGAUAAAGGCUCGUUUUCAGUGCCUUGGUUCAAUGGUGUUGUGGAUGACUUUACUGAGUUGUCGAAGGAUCAGCUUACCGACGGUAUAGUUGCUGGGUUCUCUUUUAAAGGUGUCGUUAUUACUACACCCAUAUAUCUCAAUUAUCUUCUUCAAAGAAAUUUGGAGCUUGGGAACCAGAUCCGGCGGAUACCAAAAGUAGCCACCCUCGCUAAAGUAAAACAGUUGCACCCAAAUGGAGAAGCGGACAUUGUCAUUAAUUGUGCUGGCCUCUUAGUUAAGGAUCUUAGUGACCUUAAUGACCCCAAUCGAAACUAUACCAUCCGUGGUCAGGUACUUCAUGUUCGUAACUGUGCCAAGGCGGAGGUUGAAGUCGAGGGUUUUCAGGGCACCAAAGAUGAGAUGUUGUAUUUGAUGCCGCGUAAGGAAGGUGGGUGCAUAAUUGGAGGGUGCUUCCAACAAUCUUUGAAUAAGGAAGAAGACAAGGCAUUAACUCAACGUAUUAUCGAACGAGCCAUCAAAUACGUUCCCGAAUUGAUCGAUCCCGCUUACCAGAAUAAUCCAAAGGAAAUCGAUAUCGUUCGUGUUAAUGUUGGAUUCCGGCCAUUCAGAGAGGGUGGUGCUCGUAUUGAAAUCGACGCCGAUCGACCAUGGCUAAUCCACAAUUAUGGUGCCGGAGGCGGAGGGUACCAAGGAUCUUAUGGAAUGGCAGCCGAGGUAGUCGAGCUCGUGCAUAGUCUUACAUUGAAAGGUAAAUUAUAA